AUGCACCCCGACUCCGACGCCGCCUCCUUCCUCUCCACCGCCACCAGCGCGGAUGGGAGCUUGGAGCGGCAGCGGCAGCUUGUGCGUGGAGCCGCGUCAUCGUCGCCGCCGCCGCGUGGCACGCUGGCCGGCGGGAUCAUCAGGUGCCGGGACUGCUGGCUCCUGGCCAAGGCGGGCUGCGCGCACCGUCGCUGCCGCCACUGCUGCGGCGGCCGCGGCUUCGCCUGCCCCGCCCACGUGAGGCCCUCCUCGUCCUCCGGCCCCGCGUCCCCGUGCAGCGAGCGCCACCAGCGGGCGCUCGCCGCGCCCGCGGCCUCCGCCUCGACCGUGGCCGUCGAGAUCCGCUGCAACCCCCACAAGCGCCCCCGCGCGCCCGCCGCCACCCCCUCCACAUCGUCCGUUGAUGACCCGACGGCGGCGGCGGCGCCGGGGAGGUUCGCGCGGGAUGGGGUGUGCUUGGACGCCGUGUUCCGCCGCGUGCGGCUGGGGCCUGAUGGUGCGGAGGUCGCGUACCACGCCACCGUCACCAUCGGCGGGCGCGUGUUCCGAGGAAUCUUGUACGACGUCGGCCCUCGCAGCAGCAGCACGGCCUCCACGGACACGGGCGGGAGCAGCGAAGGGUCAUCGCGGAGCACCGCCGGCGGCGGCCUGGAUCUGACGCUGAGGCUGUGA